AUGGCCAAUUCUGCACGCCCUACAAACCAUUCUAGUUUUCGGCAGGCGCUAGACCGUGCUCGAAAUUGCGAUAAUGAUGCCGUGGAUGAGGAAACGAGCCAGAUACUGGAGGGGGCCAUUCGGGACUUAUGGACGAGAAUCCAGAACGAGCCUGAUUCAUACGUGUUGAACGGGGACGAGUUUGCAUUGUUCAAUUAUUUCCGUGACCGGUAUCGAGAUUCACAGGUGGCACGGGCAGCAGUGGCACGGUUCUGGGACAAUUAUCAUGGACACGGCCCGGGCCGCGAUGGAAGCAAGACAUAG